AUGAUCACCUACGUCCGCAACCACCAUUUCACCCGCAAUUACAUGAGGAGUAGGAAGGUGAAGGGAGGAAAGGGGAAGCAGCUUGUGAAGCCGGCGGGGACCAGGUUCGGCACCAACUACAUCGCCCUCUCAAGGCUUGUCCAGCUGCGGUCCACACUGUCGCAGUUGGUGCUGAGCGAGGAGUACGCCAACUGGUCGGCGGGGGUUAGGAAGCUGACGGCGGAUACGUUCCGCGGCCACGUCAUGGACGACGCAUGGUGGAAGAACGUUACCUACAUGGUGGAGCUCUUGGCGAUUCCAUUCAAGGUGAUGCGGGCCACGGACAGCAGCGCGAAAGGCAUGAUGGGAACCAUCAACGACCUUAUGCUGCAGCUGACCAAGGAUGUGAACGACAAGCUGGAAGCGGGGGAGAAUAUUCUGCCGCGGGCGGUUGUGGAUGACAUUGGGAAGAUUGUUAGGCGCUGUUGGGACGAGAGCCUUGCUUGCGCUCUUCACGUCGUGGGGCGGAUCCUGAACCCGGCAAAUCAGGAGGAGGGUAUUUUCCGCAACGACGUGGAAUGUACCCGCAUCUUCAAGGCGUUCAUCGCAGGUCACUACGACGGCAAGACGUUCACCAACAAGGACGGCCGUGAAGGCAGGCAAGCACUCGAUGGUGCAGUGGUGGGGAUGGCACGGGACUGA